AUCAGCUGAAAAUUCUGGCAGGCUAAUUAAUUGAGGAGUCAUGCAGCUGUAGAAGAAAGAAGGCUGUAAGAAGAUGGGGUUGAUGUCCGCUUGGCUUUUGUUACUCCUGAUUUGUUCUGCUGGAAAUGGAGAUGCAGAAUCAGAAUGGGACAGCGUGGAGGCCGAGUUGGAGUUGGAGACGGAGACGGAGAUGGAUGAAGAAGUGUCCCCAGGCCUUGUGCCCAGAGCCGUGGUGUCUGAUGUUGAAUUCUUAAGGAGUGGCUCCUCAGCACCUCAAAGAAAAAGGGCUCCUUGGUAUCGGAUUGCCUCUUUCUCACAGGAACCCAAAGAGCUUUUCAGGCCAGAAAAAGGUUUCAGAGUUGUUCCUAACUCGGUCAAGAAAAUGUUGCUCGCGCCACCACCCCCCAUUGCUACGCCUGGAGGAACAGGCACAUCUAAGCUUGUUGAGGUCCUGUGUCAUGUCGACCGGAUGUACGUAAGAGUAAGAAGGGAACUCUUUUCAACUUCAGAUGCAUUUAAAGACUUGAAACUAGGUGUCUGUCCUGUUAAUGAAGGCACUCCAGAUCAUUACUACCUUCUGUACCUUUUGAAAAGUGACUGUGGAUUCAUAAGAGAGAGUAACAAAGACCAUUUGCUCAUCAGUAUUGUGCUCCACUACAAGCCGACUACUACAGUUAUACGAGAGAUGCCAUUUAGCAUUUCCCUGCAGUGCAAAUAUCCACGCCAUUUUCACUCGUUCAACCCUGGCUUCGCUAUCCAACUGAGGAGAGGCACGGUGUACAAACCCCUCAGACCCAAACUUUCUUAUAUCCUCACUCCACACGAUGCGUCUGGGAAUGAAAUUGUUGGUGACAAACCGUUUAUCUUGGGACAGCCAAUGUUCUUUGAGGUAAAGCGAUCAGACAACACAGCAACAAACCAGAGGCUUUACAUCAACAAGUGUUUCAUGACGGUUUCCCAAGAUCCUAACUCGGAACCGAAAUACGGAGUUAUCGACAACCAAGGGUGUAUGUACGACAGUGUGGCGACGAGACACUCUAUGUUCCUCAAGGGCUCCAUAAAUGUCCAAAAGUUCUGUGUGGGCGCCUUCAUUUUCAAGCACAUGGUUGCUACUUCAUCACCGGUACACUCAGUUUAA